ACAGGUCUCGAUGUUUUCCACCAGGUCCAUUGCAUUAAUCAAGUACGAAAAGCCCUUUAUCCGGAAUACUAUCCUCCCUCCCAGAGCAGUAUACCGUCUAAGACUGACACUAACAAUGAAAAUCUGGCAGAACACUGCCUCGACUACGUGCGACAGGCCGUCAUGUGCAAUGCCGACACCACCCUUGUGACUCAUAAAUGGUUCGAGUCGGCACAGACGUUUGGACCCAAUUUCCGCACACAGCACACAUGCAGAAACUUCGAUGCACUGAUGGAUUGGUCACUGGCGAGGUCA